GGCAAUAUCAGCAGUCCGGACUAGCAAUGCCGGUGGUUUGACGUCCGCGCCGCGCACUUUUCACCCGCUCUCCGCGCGUACUAUGCUCUUCUUCUAUUCUUCCUCCUUCACGUCUUUUCGCCCGUCUUUCAUCCCGGCGGCCCGUUCGCGGUCCGACGACACCUCAACCGUGCGACAUUUUUUUCCCAGUCGGACAUAACCCUUUCCCUCCCCUCUAAAUUCCCCUCGGACACCCGAACCCGUACCACUUUUGAUCCUUCGACACAAAAUACCUCAUCAAAAGUGCGCUUCUCGUUUUUAUCGUAUUAUUUUUCUACAUUAUCUUAAAUAACAAACACACACAUAUUAUAUAUUAAACCGCCGUUUAUACAAUUAUUAUUCAACCUUUUGUACGAAAAAAUCUGAUCAACUUAAUUUAUAUAAAUCGUUUUCAAUAUAUUAUAUAUUAUACCAUACAUAUUAUAUUAUACCUAUAUACACAUACACACCACCCUUAGUGCGGCGCGUAUAUUCAACCGGCGGCCAUAGGAAAUUGAUGGGACCCGCUGUCGUGGAUGGUACGACCGUUUCAAUGAGAAAUGGAAUCAUUAACAGAGGAUCAGAACAGGCCCGCAGAACUUUUGUCUCCGUCCAGAGGAAGGAGGAAACAGGCGAAACCUCAGCGGAAAAAUGUGGAAAGCGCAGACUGUGACAUUGUAGACCGCCAACAGGAUAUGACUUUGUGUGUGGAACAAGAUGACGAAAUCAUUAUCAAUCCGGACACUAAUCACAACCAUCAGCCACUGCUAUCGGCGGGUACUAAUACCAAACGACAGCUCAUCGAUAAUCGUCAAACGGCUGAGGAUACUAAAGAUUCUUCUACGUCAGCAAACGAAGACUGUACGAGUAGAGAUGAUGAAGAGGACAUGACGGUAAAUGACGAAGACGACGGCACAGCUGCUGUUAAAGACGAUGACGAAGGGGAGACGGUGAUCAAGGACUGUGACAAAGUUCCAUUACCCGGGAUGAGUCUGGAGGGUCUUCUCAAGGACUACCAAGACUUACACCACCAGCAACAACAGCAGCAGCAACAUUUACAGUACUGCCCGUUUUGUCGGGAAUCGUUUGACUUGGGAUCGCUAAAGGAACACUUGGACGGCGGAUGUCGAGCCCGGCCGCCUUCGCCACCCUCAACAACAGUUGCAAUCACUGGUCAAUACGGGUGCUUGCAGUGCAACGCUGCUUUUGGCAAUCGUGACCUUCUUGAAAAACAUGAACUACUUCACUCGCCCAAUGCCCAAGUGUCUUGUAAGGUGUGCAACAAAACGUUCGCCAACGUUUACCGCCUCCAAAGGCACAUGAUAAGUCACGAUGAGAGCGCAGUGCUGCGCAAAUUCAAAUGUCCCGAAUGCGAAAAAGCGUUCAAGUUUAAACAUCAUCUCAAGGAACACAUUCGCAUCCACAGUGGAGAAAAACCAUUCGAGUGCUCCAACUGCGGAAAACGAUUCUCGCAUUCCGGUUCGUAUUCUAGUCACAUGACCUCCAAGAAGUGUCUGAUCAUAAAUCUAAAAAUGGGAGGCCGUGGAUCGCAAGCCAACAACCGGAACGCCGCUCACCAUCAACCGAACAAUGGUUAUCCAAGUAAGCGUCCAGCUCCUAACAACAACAACAACAACAGCAGCAACCAUAACAACAACAGUAUUGGUGCCGGUGGCAAUUCAUUCUCGCCACUGUUGCCGUCUUCAGCGCCCAAGUACGACAUGCAAGUGGUACAACCGAGCCCAACACAAGUGCAAUCGCUUACACAACAGUCAUUCUAUCACACACAACCGAAAGCCUCCGCGGCCGCCAUCUACUUCCCAGGACUGUUCAACACUCAGAGCAAGUUCAACAUACACGAUCUUCUGCAGCCAUCGUUGAUGCAGUCGGCAAUGGUCAAGCAAGCACAAGAACAAGAACAAGAACAGGAACAGGAACAGGAACAAGAACAAGAACACGAACACGACAAACAACAGCAAGACGAUUGCUGUAGCGGCGACGACAAGAAUAAAACGACAGACGACGAUCACAAGGAACAAGAGAGUGGCGGUGAUGACUUCAACGAAGAGGACGAGGCCGACGAUGACGACGACGACAAGUACGACAACGUGAUCGACGUGGUGAGCGUGGUGAAGAAGGAAUGUGAAGACGGCGGUGGUGCGGACGAAGAAGAUACAGCUGGCGAAACAGACGCUGCAGUCAAGAAACUCUUGGAGACGGUCAACGUGUCGGCGGUAACCAAACAGCUGAUGAUGGCCAACGCAGCGGCCGCCGCAGCGGCUGCCCUGCACCACCAACAGAACCAGCCACCGCCGUCUUGCGGUUCGUCGGGCGGUUGCCCCAGCGUGACCAGCGAUUCGCCGCCGUAUCACCACGGCUACAACUUGUAUCCCAAUCACAACAACCAUCACCACAUGCUCAACCAGAACCAUCACAGAUCCGAAGGGCUGGGCGUCAAAGCGGAAUACUCGGCGGCCGCCAGUUCCGGGGCCUGCAAGACGACCAUCAACAACAACAACAUAAACAACGGUUACGACGCGGGCAGCGACUGUUACACCGACGACGAGCACAGGCCGUGUACCACCGAAGAGGAAGACUCUGUAGACCAGGACGGCCGCAAGAUCCGCGUCCGGUCGCAGAUAGCCGACGACCAGCUGGCCGUGCUCAAGGAGUGCUAUGCGGCCAACCCGCGGCCAAAGCGCGGACUGAGCCGGAUCGCGACCGGAUCGGCUUCAACGCGCGCCGUCCAGGUGUGGUUCCAGAACAGGGCCCGUGACCGGCGCGAGGCCGCCUGUGCACAUGGUAACUCGCCCGCGUCCGCCGCCCACGCCGCAGCCGUCCCGAGCGCCGAACAGCCGCUCGACCUGUCACGGCGCGCGCCGCGACGAGGGCCGGCCGUAAUUUCCUGCAACGUUACGCUGACCAACAAGUGUACCAUACAGUUCAAGUGUUGGACCGCCAACAACCGGGACGAUUGCAGUUCGUCGCCGCCCGCGUCCAUGUUGCAGCCGAUGCAGCAGAAUUGCCGCAAGACGUUUUUGGGAGGCGCGUACCCGCCGCCGUCGCCUGCCUGCGCGGCACCGCCCCCGCCGCCGCCUUCGUCCCACCUGCACCAUCCCGCGUCCCAUUCGCCAAUACCGGCCGUCGCGCUCCGGCACAACGGCAGCUUGAGCCCUGCGUCCGAGAAACGUUCGUGGAAGAGAGAAUACGGAGACUGGAGCGAUAUGACGGACGAAGCCGAAGACUCGGGAUGCACAUCCCAAGAUCCUGACGACGCGGUGUCAACCGGUGGCGGGGCAGGUGUCCUGCACAAUAACAACAAUAACAACAACAAAAACAACAACCACAAUACUGCUAGUAAUGGCGCAAUGGCGGCCGCGGUUGGUUCGCCCAGCAAAAAGUCCAAGCCGUCAUCUGUGGAAUCUGCCGAUGUACCAGAUCAAAGACCGCACAAGUGCGACGUUUGCCCAAAAGCGUUUAAACAUAAACACCAUCUGACCGAGCACAAGAGGCUGCACAGCGGUGAGAAACCGUUCCAGUGUUCCAAAUGUAUGAAACGGUUCUCGCAUUCGGGUUCGUACAGCCAACACAUGAAUCAUCGAUUCUCGUACUGCAAACCAUACAGAGAGUAAAUUCGACAGAUCUACUCAAAACCGACAGUAUAUAUGAUUAAUAAUAUAAAAUAUGUGUAUGGUGUAUAUAUUGUCACCGUUUCUAUACCGCUUUAUUAUUAUCUAAUAUAAUUAUAAUAUAAUAAUAAUAACUACUAUAUAUUACUAUACUAUUACUAUUACAUAAUACUA